UUGUAGAAAUAGAAUUGCAAGUGCGAGCAGAGCUGCGUCGAGUUUGCAAUUCCGGAGCAGUGAUUCUCAAGCCACUGACUGAAGGAAGUUUCUUCUUUGAAUUUUCUUCAGGAAAUCUGUGAAUCGGUCAAUGUUACGGAUGAAUGUUUUCAUAGAAUGAGCUUUGUGAAAGAUAUCAUCGACAAUUUUAGUUCGAUCUUCUCCGAUUCGGGACAGACUGAAAAGAACCCUAGCACCACAGGCAUCGGAGCGAUGGACGGGGACGGCGGUGUUUCGACUGGGAAUGAGCGGACCGCGUAUAAGCUUAAAGGGUACUUUGAUUUGGCCAAAGAGGAAAUCGCUAAGGCUGUCCGCGCCGAGGAGUGGGGGUUACCUGACGAUGCCGUUUUUUGUUACCAAAAUGCGCAGAGGAUACUGAGUGAAGCGGUUUCCACUCCAGUGCCUUCUUACAUCACCUCUAGUGAAAUGGAGAAGGUGAAAUCUUACCGGCAGAAAAUUUCAAAAUGGCAGGGCCAAGUAGCAGAGAGACUGCAAACUUUAACUCGAAGAACAGGUGGGUCAUCAGAAAUCAAGAGUACAUCACCAAAGUCGCAAACUGGGGUAGUAGUUUCAUCUUCAGCUUCACAUCCAAGGAAAGUGGCAGCACAAAAAGUUUCUGUUAGUAGCAGAACUGGUCCUGCUCUGAGGAGCCAAGGGAAUAAUGCUCCAACAUUGCAAAAACCUGCUCAGCGAUCUGGUGGUGGUCAUGAUGAUAAACUGGUAGAGAUGAUAAACUCUGUGAUUGUUGAUCGUAGCCCUUCAGUUAAAUGGGACGACAUUGCUGGUCUUGAGAUGGCAAAACAAGCAUUGACAGAAAUGGUUAUUCUACCAACAAAAAGAAGAGAUCUUUUUACUGGACUUCGGAAACCAGCCAAAGGUUUACUGCUCUUUGGACCACCUGGCACUGGGAAAACCCUGUUAGCUAAAGCAGUUGCUUCCGAAUCAGAGGCGACCUUUUUUAAUGUUUCUGCUUCUUCACUGACAUCAAAGUGGGUGGGAGAGGGCGAAAAGCUUGUCCGUACUCUUUUUCAGGUUGCCAUUUCCAGGCAGCCAUCAGUUAUUUUCAUUGAUGAGAUUGAUAGUAUAAUGUCAACAAGAACGGAGAAUGAGAAUGAAGCAAGUAGAAGGUUGAAGUCGGAGUUUCUAGUUCAGUUUGAUGGGGUAGCAUCAAAUUCUAGUGAUUUAGUUACUGUCAUUGGUGCAACCAAUAAACCCCAAGAAUUGGAUGACGCAGUUCUUAGACGACUGGUAAAGAGAAUCUACAUACCUUUGCCAGAUGCAAAUGCUAGGAGAGUUCUUCUGAAGCAUAAGCUCAAGGGUCAAGCAUUUUCUUUGCCUGAUAGAGAUGUAGAGAGACUUGUGGCUGAAACUGAUGGUUAUUCCGGAAGCGACCUGCAAGCUUUGUGUGAAGAAGCUGCAAUGAUGCCAAUCAGAGAGCUAGGUGCAGACAUUCUCACAGUCCAGGCAAAUCAGGUUAGGCGAUUAAGAUAUGGUGAUUUUCAGAAGGCAAUGACUAUUAUCAAGCCUAGCUUGCAGAGAAACAAGUGGGCUGAACUCGAAAGGUGGAAUCGAGAAUUUGGCUCCAACUAGUGUAAUAUUGCUCCACAUAGACUGACUGCAUGCAUCAAGAUUUUCCAUAUUGAAAAACAAUUAUUCGUGAAUAUUAUGAUCUUGGAAGAUUCAGUGAUUGAGACCAUGUGAAAAGGUUAAUAAAGUCAAUUAUAAUUUGUACA